AUGGAGCUGCAAGGUAAUUCACAGACACAAUCAUCCAAGAUCCUUAGUACCACCAGAGGUUCAUGUCAUGCACGUCAUGUCUCGUUACUUUGUUCGGAAGCUUACUCUGCUGAAUUGCGAGAACUUACCGAAAUACGUAGUCCAUGCGAUUCAUAUAGCCAUAAAUGGGGCUUGCUUCAGGGGUGGUCGGGCAGUAGGCCAGCUGAGCGUUUUUUUGGUGCGUUUUUUGCAAUCAGAUUGAUUGGACGAUCAUGUAGAGAGGAGGGACAGUGCUCUGCAUCUCCUCUAGGAUCUGCCUCUGACUCGGAGACAUCAUUUAGGCUCAGGAAUGCUCAAAUGUUACCCAUCAGUUUAUGGCCACUGGAAUAG